GGAGAGGGGGAAGAUUAACAGAGCAUAAGUUACCUACAACCCUCCACCAUUGUGGACGGAAGACCUUGUUUGCAUUCUUUUUCUCGCCCUGUUAUUUGUUAUGCUGACUGUUUGGUUGGACGAAUGAAACAAAAUUCUGUGUAAAUUUUCUGUCAAUUUGCGCCUGGAGUGGCCUUGAAGAGAGAAUUGAGGGUAUGGCUGCAGCGUCGGUGGCUGUGAAUGUUAUGUUGGGCAUCCAUGAGAAGAAGACGGGGUCGAUCGAUCUGUACAGGCCGCUGAGGCAGUAUGUGGUAAUGCACUACUCAGAGCGGGAGGCGCAAAACGUGGAAGAGGAUCUGGAGAGGGUGAAGGAGUUGAGGAACGAGGUCGAAAAGGCAUCGGACACGCUGGAGGUGCGGCGCGAUCUGCUGCAGAGCUACUACAGGGCUCUGUGUGUAAUGGAGUCGCGCUUUCCCAUCAGCACCGAGAAGGAGCACGUACACACCAUCGCUUUCACCUGGUACGAUGCCUUCAAGCAGAACAAGAAGGCCUCCCAGCAUAACAUCCACUUUGAGAAGGCCGCCAUCCUCUUUAAUUUGGGCGCCCUUCACAGCCAGAUCGCGCUCGCCGGGGAUCGAACCACGCCCAACGGCCUCAAGCAGGCAUGCAAUUCCUUCCAAGCGGCCGCCGGAGUGUUUGCGUUUUUGAGGGAUAAUAUUUCCAUGAAAGCGUCACUGGGGUCCUCCACCCUCGAUGUCUCUGUAGAGUGUGCAGGCAUGUUGGAAAGGCUUAUGCUUGCACAGGCGCAGGAAUGCUUUUUCGAAAAGGUUAUAUCAGACGGCAAACCGCACGCUUUGUGUUCCAAAGUUGCAAGACAGGUUAGUCUUUACUAUGAAGAAGCACAUGCUGCACUGAAUCUUCCACCACUCAAUCAACACUUUGAUCGGACAUGGAUUGCACAUGUGCAGCUCAAAGCUGCACAAUUUAAUGCCGAAGCUUGUUAUAGAUUAAGUCUUGACCUACACGACAAGGAAGAAAUCGCAGAAGAAAUUGCCCGGCUAAAAGCUGGAAUUGCUACACUUGCAGAUGGCAAGAAGUCUGCGAAAGGAGUGGCGGGACCACUCCUGGACGCAGUCAAUAAGUUGGAGAGCAAUAUUAAUCGAAAUUUGGAAAGGGCAACCAAAGAAAACGAUAGGGUAUACCUUAUGAGAGUUCCCGCAAUUAACGCCCUGCCAGCAUUGCCCACAGCUUCUCUGGUUAAGUCAACGCCCAUGCACGAGUGUCUGGAUGCUAGUAAGGAAAAAAUGUUUGCCCAACUUGUCCCAGACAGUAGUGCAAAGGCCCUUUCUAGGUACACGGAAAUGGUUGAUGAGACAAUUCGUGCACAGGCUGAGAAAUUACAGCAAGAGAGUGAGAUCACUAGAGUUAAGCUGAAAGAAAUGGAUCUUCCCGAUUCUCUUCAUGCUCUGGAAGGAAAUGCUACUCUUCCCGAGCCGCUUAAGGAAGAUGUUGAAGCUGUACAGGUUGGUGGUGGACCUGCAGGUCUGCAAGCUGAAAUGCAGCAGUUAAAAGACUUAAGAAGAGUAAAUCAAGAAUUGCUUGUGCAAACCGAAGAGUUGUUGCAGAAAGAGUCGAGAGAGGAUGCUCAGUUCAGGACACAAUUUGGAACACGAUGGACUAGGCCCCAGUCCAGUACUUUGACUAAGAACUUGCAGGAUAGAUUGAAUAGGUUUGCUUCAAAUCUGAAACAGGCAACUGAAAGCGAUGGUAGGAUUGAGCGUGCAAUAAGAGACAACUAUCCUUUGAUGGGUAUUCUCGACUGCAAACCAAUAGAAUCUGCUCUUCCAAAUCUUGCAAGGCCAAUUAUGUCCUUGGAUGGUAACGAGGAUGCUAUUGUAGGGGCAUUGAAGCAAAGCCUAAGACAACUAGAGAUGCUUGGAUCACAGCGGGCGGGACUAGAAGAUAUGCUGAAGGAGAUGAAAAGAAAGGAUGACAUUUUACCCAAGUUGAUGGCAACCUCUGGAUCUUAUGAAGACCUCUUUAAGAAGGAGCUUGGAAAGUAUGAUCCUGUUUGUCAAGAGGUUGCGAGGAAUGUUGAAGCGCAAGAACAAUUACUGCAUCAAAUCCAGACCCAAAAUGAUGCAUUUGCUGCUGUUUUCAACCUAGAAGACUAUAAAGCUGCUCGGGAAAAGGGCUAUAAACAAAUAAGUGCUGCAGUUGCUAAGUAUCGGGAAAUCAGGGACAAUAUCAACGAAGGUCUUAAGUUUUAUGUCACUCUACAGGAUGCAAUCAACAACUUAAAGCAACAGUGUAGUGAUUUUGCUAUGACUCGUAACAUUCAGUGCCGUGAGAUGAUGGAAGAUCUUCAACGACAGUUAGCUGGACUUAAUUUCAAUGGCAGUAAAUCUUCUUACAAUUACCCAUCCGUUAGUUCAACAUCUCAAAGAUCUGCAGGUGUUUCCUCACAUCCUGAUCCACAGAAUGCACACCAGGCAGGAGGUCCACGGCCACCUUAUUAUCGCACAGCUGAACAAUCAGUGCCCCCCUAUUCUGCACCACAAGCUCCUGGUCAGCCCCAUAAUGUCUACCCAGGUCAACCUCCAUACUAUUCACAAGCUCCCAGUCCUUACCAUUCCUCAUCUGGAACACCUCAGCCAUCGGUACCACAUGACUACAGCCAGCCAGCUUAUCCAGGUUGGCGUGGUCCAUACUACAAUGCUAUGCCAGGGUCACAUCCACCACCAGCUGCACCUCAACCUCCUUAUCAUAUACCACCAUCUAGUGAGUAUUACCCUCCGCAGCAAAGUGGCUACUACAAACGUUGAGCAGAAUACCUGGAAGGAAUUCACAUAUCACCUAUGGCACAUAAGGCAUUGAACUCUUUCAAGCCCAUCUGUAUUUUAUUUAUUUCCAUUUCAUAUUUGUUUGUAUAGAGAUUAGUUGGCUUUUGGGAGAGUUAUAAACAUUCCUGGUUGUGUUCAUUACUUCUUGUUUCAAUUAGGUUUCAUAGAAGUAAAAUGCAGAUAAAUGGUAUGCCAUCUUUUAUUACAAGGAUCAAUUUGUUAAACUGAACAUAUAUUCUAAUAUGGGAUGAACCUCUUAUUUCUGAGUGCCUUUUUGACAAGGGAUUGACACUUCCAGAAAAUGGUUUGGAGGAGUGCAAUUCUCCUUAUUUUUUCAAACAUGUAAUCAUGGGCAUUAUUAAAUUUAUCAAAGCUCUUGUGAAAUC